GGAAAAUCCUUCAGUCCAUGGAUGACUCUCGAGGUGUGCAGAAGUGGUUCAGUCUGCAGGUGUGUAUUGAAUGAGAUUUUUUUUGUGGGUGAGAAACUGAAAACUUUUCUAGUGGAUGAACUGGAAGCUGUCUGGCAUUAAUUGGGAUCUACGCUCUAUCACAUUGCCCACCGUUCCGCGCCAUUCAGAGUGAAAGCUUCCGCGUUAAAAAGGAUACCCCCGGGGGACUCAGUGCCGUUCCAUCCGCCGCCGUCGGCCGCACCGGUUAGCUGUGUGGGUGUGUUUGUGACAACGACACGGCGGGGAUUAUAUUUCCAUAUCACUUUGGAAUACUAUUGCCCCAGCAGCCAGCAGCCGAUGUUUGCACAAUCAGAGACAGCUUCUGCUUGAGCAAACAUACUCCUGUUCGGAAGAAGGCUUUAGCAGCGGCGACAUCUCUGCUGCUCGACUUGCUAGAGCAGGCAAUGCGAAAUCAUCUGCCAAGUGGAAGAAAUCAGAUUUCAUCAAAUCAGCACCGUUGACGCGCCAAUAUUCUUUCACACGCGGGGUGAAUGCAGCAGAGCCAAGGCGUGCGUUGGAGCGGAAAAAACGUGUCGCUACAACCGGGACAAGCGCUCCAGAGUGGAAAAAGGAUGCCCCGAACGGUGGCCAACUCGUCGUCGUUGACGGCGAAAGUAUGUAAAAUUGAAAUUGGAAAAUGUUUGCUUUUCGUCACACUGCUAACGAGUGUUUGCUUUCGAGCGACUCUCAGUGACGAUGCAUCAUCUUCCUCGGAUCCGCAGCAUUCAGCGUCGACGAACGAACCCGAAACGGAAAUCGGUUGUCCUCCACCGGAUUUUAAAAUCUCCCGCUCUCGAAAGAACUUUCCGACGACAGAGGCACCGUUCGUCACGUUCGAAACAACGCAGAUCUAUCUGCCGCAGGACUUUACGACCGCCGAUUUCGAAUUUGUGGAUGCCAAGAAGUCCGCUUCGGUUGCGGAAGGUGCCCUGCUGAACAGCCAGAAUGCUCAACUGCACGAUUCUCACGAUACACCGUUUUGGUGGGAGAUGGGAAUCCAAAAUGCGGAAGCACGUGAAUCGUUGGCUGCGGUUUCGUUCCCAUCGUACAAGCAACGUGCCAAGCGAGGUUUGAGAAGAAGUCACCGAGUUCGGCGAUCGGCUAUCGAUACGCUCACACAGGAUAACCUACUGUUGCACCAGGAGCUGACGCCAGUCGUUGUGAUCAACAACAUUUUCAACGAGAACGAUAGCGAUCACAGUGUGUUCGAUAAUGUGUUUCUGAGCGGAAAACAGUUGGAUAAGGAGUUGGAUGAAGAGAAGGACCACUACGUGGAUCAGAACGAAAUUGGUGAAGUUCUGGAGACGGAGGUUGUUGAUGGUCGUGGAGUGAAGACAAGAGUAAAGCGAAAGUCAGGAAAGACGACCGGGGCACUGAGUAGGGCGAAGGGAAGUGGAAGCGACAGUGGUAGCAAAAGUAUCACCAGACACAACAAACAAGAUAUCUUGGACGAGGAGCAAGAUGACCACAAGGUGCGUGUCGAGGGUGGUACAUCAGAGGACGCCAAACCUUACCAUCGAGAGGAAACGAUGGCAAGGGAGAAGCGUAAAUCUGGUAAGGCAACUGGUGCUCUUAGUCGUCCGAAAGGUGGUAGCGAUAGCGGCAGUAAAAGUAUCAGUCGAAAUGCCAACAAAGGCCAGUACGACGAAGAUGGAAGUUAUGUUCCACCACUACCGGACUCACACGAGGGUCCGGAUGAGGAAAAAGAAAGCGAAGAAAUCGAGGAAAGCCCAGAAUUACAUCAAUUUCGUGAGGUCAGCGAAGUUCGCUUCCCGGGAGAAGUUGGACCCCUGGGAGGUCAUCGGUUGUGCAAAAUUCAAUGCGUCAAGGGUCACUGGGUUGGACCCCUGUGCGCUAUGAACGAACACGAACAGGACGAGAAUGGGCAACUGAAAUUCGAACCUCUGUACAAGCGCUGCGUUGUGGAUCACAUUCCACCACAUUUGCUGUUGAGCUAUAAGAAUGUUUCUGUGACUAUUGGCUGGGAUCUGCCUCAUGGUCAUACGCUUCAGGCAAGGUGUAGAGAUCUGGGCCUGUACAAACUCUUGGGUGAAACCAAAGUUCUUUGCUCUAACGGUAUGUGGGCUCCAAAGAUGCCAUCAUGUGUGCCAACCACUCUGCUGACCAAUUAUUCGGAUGACAGUCCACCAUCGAUCCGAAUUAAGGUAGGCGUAGGAUCUGCCGCCUAUGAACCAUCCGGCGUGCUCGCAGUUCUUCCAACGAGCACAAUCCACUUGGACUGCAUGUACCCUCGACGGCGUGGAUCUCCGGAGUGGACUUGGACUGGCUGGUUCCGUCAAUACCUAACUGAUACACCCGGCAGUGGAACUGCUGUUAACCAAUUCAAUCCGAUUCCUGAUUUUUUCCAUGUAGGUUGGUCCGCCGUACCGGAGGAGAAGGCAUCGCGCUAUCGACUCACCAUUAAGGACAUUCAAAGCCAGGACUCGGGAACGUACACCUGUGCUUCUCCGCGCGGACUCACCAACAGUAUUGUGAUCGUCGUUGCCAUAUCCCAAUGUUCGACGCUAUUGGAACCGAAGCCGCCGCUGUCGUUACGUUUGGAGGGCAUAAAGCUUGGACAACGAGCGCUGUACAGGUGUCCACUCGGAUACAGCUUGCAAGGAACGGCGAACGCAACAUGUUUGGCAUCAGGAAACUGGUCAUCACCGACUCCCAACUGUCACCCAAUCCAGUGUCCGCCAUUGUUCCUGGAAGAUCCGCACCUAAGUCUGGUGGAGCUGAAUACCUCGGCAUGGGGACGAGCCGUUUUUCGUUGUGCUUGGGGCUAUCGACUAAGUGGACCACCGGGACUGGAGUGUGAACCGAACGGCCAUUGGAGUGGCCCAAUUCCCAGAUGCCGUGCCAUUCAAUGCCCACAACCGCUGGUACCGAUCAACGGUCGGAUAGAUGGAACAAGCGGGUUGAACACGUUUGGUCAGCGCCGCUAUGCUGUGGGUGCUCUGGUGACAUUCAGUUGUACCGAGGGUCAUCUGCUGGUUGGUGAAGCGUCGAUAGUUUGCACCGAAACAGGGUUCUGGUCUCAUCCUCCACCGUUCUGUAAGGCCCAAUGUCCCUAUCCGGGCGAUCCACCAAACGGAUUGAUUGCACCACUGAAAUUCCACUACGAUCCGGGAGAUUAUCUGACGGUGCAGUGUCGACCAGGUUUCGUCGAGCAUGGUGCUAACGGAGGCCCACUGGCACGCCCACGGUGCACUCCGGAAGGAGACUGGUCCGGACCGGUGCCCCAGUGUCGAAGUUACGAAGAGAUAUAACUAUCUUAAGAUGGAAGUGGGGACUCUACGGAGCGCCUCAUGGAUUUGUGAUAAAUGCGGAGUUGAUACAGGAUGCUCUUGUUUGACGAGAGGCAACGGAACGCACCGAUAGUUGACGGCAUCGGAUGAACAUAAUGGUUUGAUGUUUUAUUAUGAAAGUACAACUUGAAACGGUUUGACCCCUAGUAGAAAAGACAAAAUGUAGCAUUCGAAGCCAUCCAGAAGACAUGUGGUACCGUACCUUAGUAGAUGACAUUAGUUUACCUAAAGGGUUCAUAGUUAUCACCCGGAAAGCAAUUCUUGUGACGAAUUUACUUUCAAUAGCAGAUGCUAGGGAAACAGGACACAAUUUUGACAGUAGCAAUAUUGUAUAGAUAUUCACGGGAAAAUAUGGAAUCCUAAGAAAACUGUUUAUUUAAUCCCACCAAAGCAAAACUAUCUUAAUAAGCGCUUCUACACUGUAUCCAGAAAUUUUCGAUCCAUACCAAUCAUAUCUUAAGAAUAAGCUCACCUAUACGUACACUACUUUCCUGUCUAUCGAAAACCGUAUAACACCCAACUCUAUGUAAAACGCUUAGAUCACAAUGAUCAAACUAUUAUUCGCUGCUAAUAAAGCACUGACGACUCAACAUUUUACAUUCAACUCACAUACCAUUGAAUCCACUUACAUU